ACCUUUUGGUAUAUUUUUCAGAUCUACGCACGGUCACCCUAGAAUAUUUGUACACAAUAAAAACCGGCUCGUUUUUUCGCUGAAAAAGACAUUCUGCAAAAUGAUCACCGACGUGCAAUUGGCCAUUUUCUCCAACGUCCUGGGCGUCUUCCUGUUCCUUCUAGUGGUUGCCUAUCACUAUAUCAAUGCUAAUACCGGAAAGCCCAGUGCCAAGGCAAAAUGAUCUACCAUGUUUCCGCUAACAGACUAAUGUAGUUGUACCAGGAUAAUGAUAAAGCUGCUUCAUUCGCAAAAUAAAUAGUUGUAUAAAUAUCUAA